UCUCUCUUUCUCUCUUGUCUCUCUGAUAUGUCAUAGUUAGUAGUAGGAGUUGCCGGGAAAAAUCUUUUUCCGAUCUCGGCGUAUAAGUCGUCCUCGGAGGGGAAACCAGGAAUUGAAUCAAAUGUGAUGGGAGGCGGUUUUUCGCGUCUCUUCCCGUGCGUCAAACCCGCCGAUCAAACCCACCAAGCGGAUUUGGUAUUCACAGCUUCUGAACCUCUCGAUGAAACCCUAGGCCAUAGCUUCUGCUAUGUUCGCUCUUCUUCUCGUUUCCUUUCACCUUCACACUCAGACCGUCUUUCACCUUCGCAGUCUCUUCGUCUCUCCCCUUCUCAUGACCCCAAAACCACCUUGUUCAAAUCCAUCUCGGGCGCUUCCGUCAGUGCCAACACCUCUGCUCCCAGAACUGUCCUCCAACAUGAUCAUAUUUACGACGAUGCCAUUGAAUGUUCCGCCGGUGCAGCUCCAAAAUCCAGCACGGUCUUCAAUGGCUUCGAGAGUACUUCGUCUUUCACUGCACUCCCGCUUCAACCAGUACCUCGCGGUGGCGUUGACGCUUCUGGUCCGAUCGAGCGGGGGUUCUUCAUGUCCGGUCCUCUUGAGAGAGGCGCGCUCUCUGGUCCGCUCGAUGUGAACGCUGCCUCGGACGGCGACCGGGUUCACUUCUCAGCUCCGCUCGGUGGCCUUUACGUAAAAAGGAGGAAAAAGAAGGGUAUUUCGGGUAUUCGAAAAGCCUUCUCCCGGAAUUUCUCAGACAAAAAGAGACCCUGGGUUGUCCCUGUUCUGAAUUUCGUCGGCCGGAAAGAGGGUCAUGCGGCGUCACAGCCGACGACGACGGCGGCGGCUUAUGGUGGUGAGUUGGAGGUGAAGAAUGAUAGUGUACAGUGGGCCCAUGGGAAGGCCGGGGAGGAUCGGGUUCACGUGGUGGUGUCUGAAGAACACGGGUGGCUCUUCGUCGGGAUCUAUGAUGGCUUCAAUGGUCCAGAUGCGCCGGAAUUUUUAAUGGGUAAUCUCUACCGUGCUGUCUUUAAUGAGCUCCAAGGAUUGUUUUGGAAGAAUGAUGACCAGGACUGCUCGAUAGCUACAGCUUCUCAACAAGAAGGAGGAGAGGGCAGAGAUGGUAUUUCACUACCUGAAUCGAAACCGGAACCGGAACCUGACUCGUCUUCUCAGGUGGCGAAUGAUCCGCAAGGGUCGGUAAAGCGAGUGACGUUUCAGCAAGAGCAUCACAGUGGAUCUGUGAGGAAGCGUCUUUGGGAGUUUCUUGCAGAAGAGAGCGCAGAUGAUGGGCUCGAUCUUUCUGGGUCGGACCGGUUUGCGUUUUCGGUUGACGAUGCGAUUCGAGUUAGUAAUGCCGGUUCAGGCAGAAGAAGAGCAUCGCUGUUGUUAUCGAAGCUGAGAUAUGGGUUCUCUAAGAACAAGGAUGGUGGGCAGAACAGAGAGUACCCAUGGAGUUAUGAUUGGGGAGAGAAAGAAAAAGUUCAUGAGGUUGAGAACAGAGUCAAUGAGAGAAGUUGCAGGAGUUUCAGGAAACGAACGGUGGGAUCCAUUGAUCAUGAAUCUGUUUUGAGGGCUUUAUCGAGGGCUCUUGAUAUCACUGAGUCUGCAUACUUGGACAUGACUGAUAAGGUUCUUGAUCGGUACCCGGAGCUGGCUCUGAUGGGUUCGUGUUUGUUGGCUGUGUUAAUGAGAGAUGAAGAUGUGUAUGUGAUGAAUGUGGGUGAUAGUCGUGCGAUUGUGGCGCAGUAUCGGUCGCAGGCCAUUGGUUCUAGUAGUGAUCAAAGGGUUGGGAAUGAUGGAGCAGAGAUGGAGGGUAUAGUGGAAGAGUCCAGCGUUGUGGGUAGGGUGGAAAACAAGGCUCCUGCUGAAAGAAUGAUGUUGACUGCGUUGCAGCUGUCCACUGACCACAGCACGAGCAUCGAAGAAGAAGUCUUAAGAAUCAAGGAGGAACACCCAGAUGACAACCAAUGUAUUGUCAAUGAUAGGGUUAAAGGUCGUCUAAAGGUGACGCGUGCAUUUGGUGCUGGAUUUCUCAAACAGCCUAAGUUGAAUAAUGCAUUACUGGAGAUGUUCCGCAAUGAUUAUAUUGGUACUGCACCAUAUAUAUCCUGCUCCCCAUCUCUUUGUCACCAUAAACUUGGUCCCAAUGACCAGUUCUUAGUCCUUUCAUCUGAUGGUCUAUAUCAGUAUUUUAGUAAUGAGGAGGUUGUUUCUCAUGUUGAGAGUUUCAUGGAAAAGUUUCCUGAUGGAGAUCCAGCUCAACACUUGAUUGAGGAGCUUCUGUUCCGUGCAGCCAAGAAAGCUGGAAUGGAUUUCCAUGAGUUACUGGACAUCCCACAAGGGGACCGCAGAAAGUACCAUGAUGAUGUUACUGUUAUGGUUAUAUCACUUGAAGGAAGAAUAUGGAAGUCAUCAGGAAAAUACUUAUGAGAUGUCUAAGUUAAGUCCACCUUAGUGACCUCUUUGGGAUAUUGAGCCAAUUCAGCAUAUGAUGGAUCUGUCAUCUGUCAUCCAAUUUGGCAAGUUCCAUUACCAGACCCAUUUUCAUGGGUUCCAUAAAG